AUGACUCUUCAUCGAAUCCGGCUAGUCCUUAAGCAUGGGUUUCAUAUGGAUUGCAUUGACAUGUGGUUUCAAUCUCAUUCCACUUGUCCUCUUUGUCGAGACGUUAUUAGGACUGAAAAUGAAUCUUCAUCGAAUCCGGCUAGUCCUGAGGAGACUAUAAUUCAAACCCCAAUUGAAGAAAAUUCAGGCCAGUCACCAAAUUUUACCACCAGUGUGUUGUUCUGGGGUAACGAGACUCAAGUCAGUACAUUUGGACCUUGUUUAGAAGAUAGUCAUCGAGGCAUUGCAACUGCUGCUCCAUUUCAACCCACUAGCUCGUCAUCAUUGGCAUCGACAAGUAAUAGGCCAGACGGAAUGCUUGUGAUUGACAUUCCAAGACAAGUUAACGAAGAGGAAGAUGAAAAAUCGUCUGUCCCUUAG